AAAAGUUGUCCCCAUUAUCAUCAAUCCUCUACGCGCGCAGCGUGUCUCUGCCAGCUUGACUGCACACUGCCUCAUCUCGACCUCAUCUCCACCUCUCUUUGGGUUUCUCUCUCUCUCUGGAAGGACUAGAGCAGCAAACGCCAUGUCGUCGGACGAUGAGGGAGGAGAGGAGUACCUUUUCAAGAUCGUGAUUAUUGGGGACUCUGCUGUCGGCAAAUCCAAUCUCCUGUCUCGGUAUGCGCGGAACGAGUUCAAUUUGCACUCCAAGGCCACCAUAGGUGUGGAAUUCCAGACCCAGAGCAUGGAAAUCGAUGGCAAGGAAGUCAAGGCUCAGAUUUGGGACACCGCCGGUCAAGAGAGGUUCCGUGCUGUAACUUCUGCUUACUAUAGAGGUGCUGUUGGUGCUCUCAUUGUGUACGAUAUUAGCCGCCGCACUACUUUUGAUAGCGUUGGUCGUUGGCUUGAGGAGCUCAAGACUCAUUCUGAUACAACUGUGGCAAGGAUGCUGGUUGGGAACAAAUGUGAUUUAGAGAAUAUCAGGGAUGUCAGUGUUGAGGAAGGCAAAAGCCUUGCAGAAGCCGAAGGAUUAUUUUUCAUGGAGACAUCCGCCCUUGAUUCAACAAAUGUUAAAAAGGCUUUUGAGAUUGUUAUCCGAGAGAUUUAUAAUAAUGUGAGCCGGAAAGUCUUGAACUCAGAUACAUACAAGGCUGAAUUGUCAUUGAACAGGGUAACUCUUGUUAAUAAUGGGACUGACGGAUCAAAACAAUCUCAAAACUAUUUUUCAUCUUGUUGCUCCAGGUGACCUCUAUUCUUCUCAUCUCAAAAUGGCAUACAAGUUCAGGGCUUUUUCGUGGUUGGUUUGUUGAUUUAAUUUGGUUGGUUGCUUUGUUCCUUGAUGAGUAUGUCUCCAUGGUUCUUUAAUUGAAAAAUAAGUUUAUAUUAUAGAGAUAAAUUAUUUAGUGCAAUACGAAAAGGGGCAGACAUGAUUCUGAACAGAAUAGAGAUGUAUCUGUUAAUUUAUUGUAACUUGUUUUUAUGGUGGACCGUUGAUAAAUGUCUUCAAAAUUUUAUUAUUGUUUCUUUUGAUCCUCUCCACCUCUUAGACAGGGCAUACUUUUGUUCUCAGUUUUCUGAUGUUCUGAAUAGUAAGGAAAGAUUUUCUUGA